ACAAGCUCGGCUAUCAUUAAUUGACAACUGCAAAUCGAUGCAUUGAUUGGGCGUGCUUGGACCAGACUCAUUUUACGUUUGCUAAAUGGCUAUCUUAUUUGACAGCUUUUAACUUCAUCGGGCGAAAAUCGGCGUUGGUUUGUCUAACGAAUCUCACUUUCCAUUCUUAAAGUUUUGUUCGUAGAUUAUAUGCAUCGAUAGUGGUCUCGAUUAACGGACCUUUUGAAUAAAUUCGAAUUACACGAAUAUCGAUGUCUGGUUAGUCUAAUGUUAAUUUACGCACGGCGGACAGCCGAGGGCGAUCGUAAAUUACCUGUUGUUAGGUGCUGCCUGUCCGGUGAAGUUCCUGCUGCUUUGUUGUUGCCAUAACUUGACUCUUAUCAAUUGAAAGUUGCUGGAUGGAUGGAUGGAUGGAUAUUUGACUUAUAAGAUCUGAAGCUUAUACCUGAUGGCUGUCACUCUAAACCAGUGGAUUGCUGAAUUAUCUAACAUCACCCUAUCACUUUCUGCGUUGUAUACAGCUUUUCAGCUUUUCAAGGACCACAGGGCUCCAGCAGUGGGCUUCUUCCUGUUGGGCAGUUCUGCAGUUCUCUGCUCUCUGCCCCUCUCCAGCCCCGCUGUGAUUGGUGUCCAGGGUGAAUUGGAGUGGGCAGGAGGAGUCCUGGGCCCGGCCCUGGUGUCCUUCGGCUUCCUGUGGCUGAGCCAGGACCACUCCACCGCCCACGUGCUACUGGUGGGCUCUGCAGCUCUCCUGGGGCUUCGCAAUUGGUUGUCGCCGGAAACCCUGGUGGUGAUGUCACGCUGUUUGGUGCUUUCGUCCUUGUGCUGCUCACUAACUGUCUGUGUGUUCACCGCCAAUGUGGCCGGAGCCUUGGGGAGUGUGGCCCUCAGCCUGCCGGCUCUUGUGGCCCCUGUGCCUGGGGCCAAGGCUUUCACUUCUCUGGUGGCUCCUGGGGAUGCGGAACACGUUCUGAAGUGUCUGCUGAAAGGACUGACGGCGAUUGGGUGUCUGUCCAUAAAGAAAGCACUGGACAGGCACCUGCUGGACCUUCAGAGCUUGGACUGAACUGGUGCCACUUCACUCAAAUUAAUCCCUUUGAUGCCCCCUGGUGGAUACUCAUGGUAUGCACACUGACUACAAUUGCAAUGCAAGUGCAACCUGUUCUGUGCAGAAACCUACAUCACUUCCCCUGUUUAUACAUUGACCCAAGUAAACAUUUUAAGUGGCAUUUGAAUGAGGAGGCACACAACAGCUGCAGUGUACCAAAUGGAAAUUGAAAUGCACGAUGGUGACAUAGAACUCUUGGCAUAAAAUGAGGGUUGAGUGAAAGGCUUUGUUUCCGAACAAAUUUCUACAUAAGCAAGCUAUUGUUCUAAGAAAGAGGCACAUGAUCCUGGGGUCUUCCUCCUCUAGGCUGGCAAUGUGAAAAUACAAUUUAUUCAAACCCCUUCAAUGUAUGGUACUGCUGUGAUUUAGAAAACAGUAGCUGUUUAGUUAUUUCUAAUGUCAGCAUUUACAUGUUAUGGCUCAGCACUUACAUGCACAGCACUGAGACCAAUUAGUACAGACUCGGUGAUCAUACAGGAAAAAGCUUGUGAAGUAUACUGCUGAUCAGAUCGCACUAUUUCCAACUGGGUUACAAGCCCACUAUCUCAGUUUCUGCAGUGCCUAGUGCUUGGAACACAUAAUCCACAUUGCUCAUGGGUAGUGACAGAUUGUGACCCUGAAGUCAUUCACAUGACCAUAGCAGUGUUAUCCAGACCAUGGCAAGGCUGCUGGUAGCAUUAGAUUCACGAUGAAUGGAAUUUUUUUUGGUUGCUUGGUUAGAUCUUGAUGUACCUUAGACAAAUACAAAAAGAUGUCAAAUAACACACAAAAUAUUGCAUAUUACUAUUAAAACAUUGAUUCCAAGAUUAUUUGUUUUAAGAUUAUAAUUGAGAUGCAACCGAUAUUUGCUGUUUUUAGGUUUUAGAUCUUCUCAAAGGGACUUCUUGGUCUAGCCAACACAGUAUGCAUUUAUAUAGUGCUUUUCUCAAAACGCCUCACAGAGAAGCUGGGAAGCUCACUACAACCACCAUCAAUGUGUAGCACCCACCUGGUAGAGGAACAGCAGCCAUUUUGCACUAGCUAUCUCACUGCAUGUUAGCUUCGGUGCAGUGGGAGGAAGUUAUUCAGCAGUAAAAUUAAACGGUAAAAAAUGAAACCGUAUGUACUGUAUGUAAAGCCGAUUUGAAAUGGUUCAUGGUAAAAUCAUCACUGGUUCUUACGGCCUGUGCUGCAACAGAGCCUCUGUGCAUUGGUCUGUCCCAUGUGGCCUGGCAGGGAGGGGACAAUGCGGACUCAAGCUUCUGUUCGGCUGCACAAGGAAAGGGGUUGUGCAGGGGUCAGCACUCGUGUCUGUAGUCACUGUGGGCUGCUUUGACCAGUCUCCACUUCAGGACAGAAUUCAAUACAUUGUUACGGUUUUCUAAUUGUAUAUAGGUUUGACAUUUCCAUUUUAUGGCAAAAUAUGUA